CGUAUCGCCAAAAAUUGGCUUUUGUUCAAUAUUCAGACGGAACCCGGCCCAACGACAGACCAAUUGGAACACCGAUCUAUGCCGAACGCCAAUCCGUAGGAAAGUCGAAACUGGUUGGAGAGUUGUCACGAUAAUAUGGAGGCUUCAUCGCCCCUGGCCGCGAUUCGGCCUGCUCCGCCGUCCUUCAGCCAGCCAGAAGUGCUUGGACCGCGCAAUGGCAACUUGGCGCCACCAACAGGUCUCUUCAACUUCAAGCGAUCCAAUGCGGACUUGUUCAACACCAAACAUGCAGGAAGGUCUUCGCCUAAGGGUUCGCUGGUGACCGGGUCGUCAGAAAACUUCAAGCUCAAUGAAGCAGGGUUAGCCUUCUCACCUAGAAGUCGAACAACCGAUAGCAUUGUCGACAGUGUUGACCAAAUGGAACUUUGCAGUAGCCCGUUACUUCCGACACCACGGCGUGCGCUGUUCACCUCAACAGGUAUUGAAAACGCGGUUGAAGGUCGUGGGUAUGCAACCACGCCGCCGCCUCCUGCAUCUUCGUCACCUGCAGUUAACAGGUUGGACAUGUCUCCGGUACCGAUCAAGGCACCUUUCCUGUCACGUCUCGCCGCUAGUCCUUCUCCGGCUGCAGUGGAUUCUGGCGAUGAAGACACACUACCAGACUCACCUGCUGCUGUGCGGCAGCUGUCCCAAGAAUCCAAGGGAAUUGGUGCCGAGCGAAGGAGACUUGGCUUGUCUCGUCCACCUCUGGCCCGGGCCAAAGGUUACAGCACGAGUAGUAUACCCGGGCGCUCCAACGGUUCGGGGUCGGGGCUGCCGCCCUUCCGCUUCGGUGGCCGGAACCUCAAGGUACCCAUCUCCCCUUCGGUGUCGUUGUCAUUGAGCGAAUGUUUCGAGGAAUCACCCCCGCAGGAUCGCCGGACACCUGUCUUGCCGGAUAGUCCAUGCUCUAAUGCAGCGGCAGCGCGCUGCAAGACUCAUUUUGGCAGCGGCAGCAGCAUUAACAGCGUUCGCAAACGUUCUCCCACCAACAAUGCCCGCACACCUUCGAACCCCUUUGCCCGGCAAAGGAAAACAUUCCGCCGCUCGCUGUCCAUGUUUGAGAGUCCGGGCGACAUUGUCAAGCCUAAGGAGCGCACAUCUCUUCCAUCUAGUCUCAAGUCUGUCGUGGAUGUCAACGAACCUCAGGAGCCUUUAUUGCCACAUUUUUUCCCUUCAGGCGAGAACGAUUCUAUCCCACGCAUCAGCCGAGACACAUUGCUCGAAGUGCUUGACGGCAAGUAUGGUAGUCAGUACUCGCACAGGAUGAUUAUUGACUGCCGCUUCGAGUACGAGUAUGAAGGUGGCCACAUUGACGGGGCCAUCAAUUACAAUGACAAGGAGCUUUUGGCGAGACAUCUGUUUGAGACCCCUAUGGAAGGGCGCACGCUCUUGAUUUUUCAUUGCGAAUAUUCGGCCCAUCGCGCGCCCAUCAUGGCCCGCCACAUACGAUCCGAAGACCGCACCAUCAACGCCGAAUUUUAUCCUAAACUCACGUACCCCGAUGUUUACAUCCUGGACGGAGGCUAUAGCGGAUUCUUCCAAAAUCACCGGGAACGUUGCUGCCCUCAAGCGUAUAUCGAGAUGAAUGACGCCGAACAUGUCAACACGUGCGAGCGAGAAAUGGGCCGUCUACGCCAGACCCGUAAGGGCUUUAGUAGGGCCCAGACCUACGCAUUCGGGCAGCGUGAACGCAAGUCCGACAAAUUCGAGGCUGUUUCGCCAACCGCGCCGGGCCGCAAGGUUUCUCGGGAUGAUGAGGAGGACAUGAUAGGAGCAUCGCCCAUUCUCGGAAAUGACCGAAGCCAUUCUAGGCGCAUGGCUACCUUCUGAAGCCGAGAAAUGGCAUGUCCAGAUAUGAACAGAGCACCACCGUUGAUAUCGGCUGUGAUUUGCCACAAUGGAGAGCGUCUGACCUCGCGCUCGGGACCCUGGGGCCUGGAUAAUACUUGAUCGUGGGCUGUUGCGAUCAAGGUGUACAAACGGUGUACUUGAACAUAUGGCCAACAAAGUUGCCCACUAACGACAUACCCCUACGAAAAUAUCUGCUUUCGGCUGUCAUGUUUCUCUUGGGAGUUUCUUCUUUAUACUUUCUUCCUAUACCCCAAGACUUUCAGCACCGCAGCCUCUGUGGCAACGUAUAGAGCUAGACCUGUCGUUCGAUGGUGAUCAUCGAUACUCCCCUGCUCUGCAUCGGUUAGAGUAGCAUCUCACGCUGAGCGUUCAAGAUUCCUUCUAUAUCAUAACUGGUACGGGAAAUACCACAGCGAAAGCAAAUCAAGCAAAACAACAUAUUGUCCGUCCUUGAUGUUGACUGUACCAGUGCUUUGGCCAGACUCGAAACUUGAUGAAGACCCAUGGGUGGUCUCAAUCAUAUAAUGUCACAACUAGGGCGUAUUGUGACUUGUUCAACAAGGAGCCGUGAACGGGAAAGUUACGGAGGGAUGUACGCAUCGAUGGGAACAAAGGCUAGGCGAGUCUAAGAGUAUAGCGGGGUGGUCAUACUUCGAUGUGAGGUAAUAAUGUAAGUCAGAGUAGUAGAAUGGGUGUGAGAGCUUGAAGGUUGUUCAAUGGGAGCAUCUACUGGUAUGCAGU